AUGAUGCCGAAGCCCACCCAGGUGUUCCCCCGGCAGAGGAUCAGCGUCUGCGUGGGUAGGGUCCUCGUGUCCUUGGUGACGCGGGGCCGGAAGGCUGCGAUGGAGCCGGCGCACAGGGCCCCCUCGGCCAGCACGCCCAGCGCCACGGCCAGCCAGGCCCGCCCGCCCCGCAGCGCCCGGCGGAACGGCCCCACCAGGGCCGGCCACUCGGAGCCCAGGAACAGCUCGGACGCCUUGAGCCCCAUGGCCGCCAGGCAGGCGGUCAGCGGCAGCAGGAAUACCGGCUGCUGCGCCAGGCAGCGGCGGGCCGUGGGGGGCCCGGGGAAGAGCAGGGCGCCAGCGGCCGCCAGAGCCAGUGCCAGCAGGGACAGGCAGGCCAGGCGGCCCCCCAACGCCUCCACCGCCGGGCUGCCCAGGUGGCGGCAGAAGAGCAGGAGGGCGGCCCCGGCCAGGGCCAGCUCCAGCAGCAGCAGCAGGACCAGCCCCACGGCCGCCGGGUCGCCCCAGGCCAGGAAGGUGUCCGUGCGCGGGAAGCAGCGGGUGCUGCGUGGCGGCGACCACUCGCUCGGUUGGCACUCCAGGCAGGCCAGGUUGUCUGCGGGCGGGCACCCGGGGGAAGCCCCCCGUGAGGUGGGGAUGCCUGGGCUCCCAGUGUGGCACCUUGCCCAAGGCGGGGUGGGUUCUGAAUUCUCCCCUCGGAGACCCGGAGUGGGGCCCGGACUCGGGGGUUGUAGGGCAGCGGGCACUAGCUGGUGCAUUUGCUGCGGACAUCAGGAUGCGGGCGAUGGGAAAUGGACCCCACUUCCUCCUUCGCCCCCACACCCACGGCGUACCCCCACCAACCGUCCCCCUCGGGUGAGUCCUGGGGGACCCUGGGGUGGGCGGAAUCUAGGGAAGGAAACCCGUGUCCCCAGGCCCUGGGCUCACCUCUCUCCCUGCGGUAGGUGCCCGCUUUGCAGUCCAGGCAGUCGUAGCAGCAGGAGUGGAAGCCCUUCACCCUCCGGAUCUGACCCUCCUCACACUGGCUUGAACACCGAGACACCGGUUCCUGAGGGUUGGGGAGGAGGGGGCAACGUCACCUGUGCACCCCCUGCUUGGUGGGGGGGCACCUCGUCAUCUCCCGCUCCGGGCCUCCCCAGGAAUCCAGGUAAGCCGCCUCUGCUCCUGCCCCACCCCCGGGACGGGGACCUCCACCCCGGCGCCCACCCUCAUCCCCUGGGCCGGCACACCUGGCCCCCAAACAUCUGCCACUGGAGCCGGGAUCUGUCGACGACCAGCCGGCCGUGGAAGGAGCCCACUUCUUUGACGAUGAACGUGUCGCCCCUCCACGUCCACUGCAGCAGGUUGUAGCCCAUCUCCACGGCGCCGGCCGAAUUGAACUGCAUCUCCAGGGGCCCCGCCGAGAAGUUCAGAUGAGGUCCAGGAGGCCCGGAGAAGUGAAGUGACUUGCCC